CCAAAUAGACCGCUGGCUCCGUUAUUCAAAGCCAAUGCUCAACGAGACCGCAUGGAAACCAUUCAAACACCUGAACUAGGACCUCUAUCAUAUAAGGGAAGGACAUCAACCUAAUUUCAGUCGUUUUUGCAAUAUUGGUGGUUAUUUUCUCUCUUUCUAUUUUGGAGUUUUUAUGUGAUUUUCUAAACAAUGAUGGACAAUUAAAAUGACCAGGAAGAAAAAGCUGCUAGCGUUUGAUUUGUGGAAGCAUGAUGUGGGAUGGAUAAACAGAAAGGACACUCAACUAUGGCCUCUAAUGACCCUCACCUUCUGGACCCCCCUGGUGACCCCCAGCCAGGUGAUCUCAUUGAGAUCUUCAGACCAGCCUAUCAGCACUGGGCUCUCUACCUGGGAGAUGGGUACAUCAUCAACUUAACACCUGUUGAUGAGGGUCCAGCAGCUGCCAUGUCCAGUGUAAAAUCAGUGUUCAGCCGCAAGGCGGUGGUACGCAUGCAGCUGCUGAAGGAGGUGGUCGGAGGUGACUCAUACCGUGUCAACAACAAGUACGAUGACGACCACACACCCCUGCCUGUCUCUGAAAUCAUCCAGCGUGCUCAAGUGCUCAUUGGCCAGGAAGUGUCUUAUGACCUCCUGGGCAGUAACUGUGAGCACUUUGUCACUCUACUGCGCUACGGGGAGGGGGUGUCUGAACAGGCAACACGGGCAAUAGGGGCCAUUGGUUUGGUGACGGCUGCAGCCAGUGCCUUUUCUGUGCUGGGACUCAUCAACAACCGGUCAAGAAACAGGCCUUUCUGAUAGCUGUCUUCCUCUCUGCAUUGAUGAGCAUAUUUCUAUUACUAAUAUGGCCAACAUGACUAAACUUAAAAUGAAAAUUGAUGACAAUAAAGGCAAUUGCAUUUCAAAAUAAAAUAAAUUAAUAUAUAC